AUGGAGUCUCAGAUGUUUUCGUUGGAUGGCGUUUUCUCUGAGUUAUCGAAAUGCACUACACUGCUUCAGUCAAUAUCUCGUAGCACUGUUAAAGUGUGUAACCCUCCUAACCCUAUAGCCUUGGGUAAUGAAUUCCCUGAACUGGAAGAGGCUUAUGCUGGCCUACCUACUGUUUGCAACUCCAAACGCAUGAUUAAGCAGAUUGAAAUAUGUUUAAAAUCGUUACAAGUGGUGUCGGAACAAGUCAUCCCUUCUGUCCGCCCGUUGUUAACACGAAUUGAACUAUUUGGGAUCUUGACCUCAUGUCUGAACCUUUUCGAAGUGUCGUCAUCAAUAUGGAAAAUAAUGUUCACAAUAUGUGACAAUUCUGGGAGAUUUUUGGAUGCUUCAUACGCUCUAGUAAACUACGCCCUUUCAAAAGUUUUCUCACACGAAGAAAACGUUUCGGUGUAUGAUAUUUUGAAAUCAGUUCGUAACGAGGUUCUCAUGGUUCUUCAAAAUAGUCAAGAGAUUCUGGAGUCCUCACAUGAAGCCUGUGUAACAGGUAGACUACCUACUCCACACGCGCACUUCCAGUCAGUAAUUAUAUCUUUAGGAAGGGCUUAUAUCGAACACUAUUGUGACUGGUCUGCUUUCUCUGCCCGUUUGGACCUUAUUCGACUGGAGCAUCUGGAGUUUUUCAGGGGGAAAUCGUGGGCUUCUGUGUGUGCUCGUGGCCACUUCUACUGGUUUCAUCUUCAUGCUCGCUGUAUAUUUGGUGCUAAUUUCGAACCACCCACUACAGUAGAUUGCUCAGAUACGCACCAAAAUUUUCCACCACCCUCUCUAUCCCCAUUACAUGCUGCAGCUGUUGUCCGUAUGCAUGGUCAAACCCUGGUAAAAUUUAUGCGUCAAUGUUGUGAACAAAAGUUGCAGAGUCGCUACACUUCUGAUAAGAAUAUUAAAUCUUCGACUGUUGAUGAGAAAGAAAACGAAGAUCCAGCCAGUAAUCACAGGAAAGUAAAGUCUUCAUUUUCAAACUCAGAUAUGGCAACCACUGCUUGGUCAUCCUCUUUAUUAACAGACAACGAAUUACUCAAUCUGUGGUUGGGGACUCGAUUACUUUUAUAUGGUUGUCGUCAAACAGCUGAAUUAUAUACUCUUCUGGGAGUUGUUAAAGAAGCUCGUGUGUAUCAAUACGAAUUAUUAUGUAUUGGUCAACGAUUCCAUUUAUGCAGUUACGCUCAAGUUGCCUUGAAUUUAAUGGCACAUUUAGAUUUAUUCGCACAACAUCGAUGGGCUUUCGAGUUACGUCUACGUCAAUUAAAUCAUAUUGCAACAUGUCAAGUGUCUCUUGAAGAAAUAGUCAGUAAGAAAUUGAAACAGGUACCCAAAACUAAAUCAAAAGUGAGGUCCAAUCCUAAAGGUUUUAGUGAGACUGAUGAAUCCGGUUUUAUUCGUUCAAAAGCAUUCCCUAGUAUGUCUCUACACAGUGGUGACGGUGGUGGGAUGUUGCCUAAAGGAAUGAGUGAAGAGGAUUUCUUAUCACGAGAUGCAAUUUCUGAUGGCUCCAAUGCAUUACUAACUGAUGGUCAUAGCAAACAUUUUGGUUCACUAUUUUAUGCCAGCCCAACUUGGCGUUCAUAUGCAGACAAAAAAGACAGUGCAAACGAUAUCUUUCCUAGUGCUAUACAGAUUGGCUCAGUAAUUGCUGGGAAACGACUAAUUUCAGACUGGAAUUUAUGGUAUAAGGAGGGUUUGUAUAUACCGACUUCUAAAGACUCUACCUUCGAAUAUGUGAGUUCCUCCUUCUUAAGUGUUGGUGGUUUACCACUUGCAACCUGUGUCUGUUCCAUCCUCAACGGAGUAACAUGGCCUUGGUUAUUUGUCGUAACGCGUUUAGUCAGAAACGAUCUCUUAGCAGUAUCUCACUAUUUGCCUGCUUUAUACACUUUUGCACCAAAACCUACAAUUCCGUCUACGAAAGCUUGUAAUCAGGAGGAAAAUGAGGCAAACAGGAGUUUGAUCGAGGCAUUCUCAUUGCUUAACGGUACUCCUAAGGAAAAAACUUCGGAUUUAUGCGAAAAUAAAAAAGAAGCGUCACCUGAAAGGAAUUCACAGGACAGUAUUCAUACUGGCAAAUACCCGUUACCACGUAUACCGAAACCAAAUGCUCCUCGACGUUUGGGGGAUAUUUACAGUAAAACCGAUUUCAGGAAAUGCCGCUCGAGGGCUCCUAGUCGCCUACAAGCCCAUGAAGACAUUGCUAGUGUGGAAAUACCUGUAGCAUCUUUUGACAAUACCACCAUACUCUCCAAGAUACCGGUGUACUGUGACAAUAAUGCGACAGGUACAGUUAACAUUUUAGAUGAUGAGCAGUCAGAGACUGCAAUGUUAUUGCGACGGCUUGGCCUUACUCCUAAAAAGGUUGAUAUUCCUAAAACUCAGAAAAUACCUGCUGUAGGACCUCCAGUAUAUAAGAAUAUUCCGAAUCGCAGAAAGAUCGCUAAAACUAAGCUGACUAAAGACUAUGUCGAAGAUCUCGAUCCAGUAGAAUCGUGUUCUUCCUUAGUUAACGCUCCACUGCGUCCACGCAGCGUCAAACUAACCGCCAAAUGGGAAGCUAAUCAAAGAAAACCUACCAUAAAUGAUGCGUUGUGUGAAGAAAAUGAUCUGACCCCAGAAUUUGUUGAUCAAAUGGCUCCACUUGUUUCUAGCUUAGCUAGUCGCUUGCAUGAAGCUUACGAACAGCUAUCCAGCUUCCCAAUUCCAGUUCUUUUACGUCCUAUAUGUCAGUGGUUGGCUAUUUAUUGGUUAGGAAAAAAUGAUCAUUCUCAAGCGGGAAGAUUUCUGUGUCAAUCCAUUGGUAUUGGACCUACAAAUUUUUAUCUGUCUAUUUUAAACUCUCGAGUGAUUCAUCUUAAAUCGGCUGAUCGUCAACGAUCUGUUUCUAACCCAAAGAAAAGUUUCGACUGGUCCCCUGUUUUCCAGAGUACAAGGAACAUGUGUGCACCUAAUCACCCCUUAAAAAGUAACACGGAAUUCGGUCUACCUACCCAUGAAGAGCCCGCCACACGUGAUAAUCAGAAUUCCUGUAUUCAAAUUAUUCAACUGUGUCUUGUUGAUGAGAUCGGUUGUAGAACUUCUAAGCUAGCUGAUGAAGUUGAUCAAGUUCGUAAUCACCAAAUCGUACCCUUCGGUCUCGGAGCACGCUUAACAGGUUACUUAUUAGUAUCACGAUAUACAAACAUUGUUGAUGGUUAUUUGGAGACAUGCCGAGUAGAUUCACGCAUCAUGCAUGGGUUCACUCGUAGUGGAUUCAAAGCUAUACACAGAUUCGAGGAAAUUCAAAGAGAAAGCCUAUACUCAAUGGGUGUUGAGGAUCGUGCUAGCUACUGGAAUCUACGUUAUAGCCUGGAUGAAAAAUUAGAGAAUUUGCUCAAUGAAAUGCGUCGUGAAUGGUUUACUGAAGAUGAUCUUGAUUGGUUAUUCUGUCGAGGGAAGUAUUCUUCGAGUAAUGAAUCGGAAAAAGAUUGCCAGCCUUCUUACAUAGUCAUCAUACCAGACCGAGCAUUCAAUUACUUGCCAUGGGAAUGGAUACUUUGGGAUCGGGAACCAGGUGUUUCUGUGCCAACAAUGACUCGAAAUUUCAGCUUGCCUAUAGUUAUUGGUCAAAUGCGUGCUCAUUCCAUGGCUGGUCAAAUAGUAAAACACGAUUGUUCUCUUGAUUCUGUGGAGUCAAAGUCAGCUUAUUCUAUCAAUCCUCAACGUGGGUUCUAUAUUGUAAAUCCAGAAUCAAAUUUACAAUCUACUCAAAAGACUUUUGAAUCUGUAUUUAACAAAUUGUCUACAUGGAACGGUGUUGCAGCCAGGGCGCCGACUGCAGACGAAGUAAACGACGGUUUUACAAAUCAUGAUAUUGUAAUAUAUCUGGGUCACGGGAAUGGCUCACAUUUCUUGCUUCACACAUUCAAUGAAGGACUCAUUGCGCGUGCCGUCGCUUUAAUUAUUGGUUGCAGUUCUGGUAGACCACAUUGGUGUGGGCGUCAUGAACCCUACGCAUCAGUUUUCAAUCAUAUUAUUGCUGGAUGCCCGUUUGUUUGCGGUCUAUUAUGGGAUGUUACAGAUCGUGAUGUUGAUAGAUUUACAUUGCAAUUUCUAAUGAAUUGGCUGGGAAACAAAGAUAGUCAAAACAACGAUAAGGAAUUAUGUGAUACUUUAGGAUCUUCUAUAUUUCGUGCAAUAUCUGCUUGUAAACUGAAACAUCUGGUUGGGAAGUCAGUGAUUGUUUAUGGUAUUCCUGUUGAACCAAAUAAACAGUUACUUCUAAAAUUUCCAUCUCCAUUAACAAUAAUUAAAUGA